AUGUCGGAAGGCGACGUCGAAGAAGUCUACGAACAACUCGAGCAAGAUUUUGCCAGCAAAGAGCGCAAGCUUGCGAGACUAGAUGACAUCUUCAAGCGAGAGAAGAUUCUUUCUCAGCAACUCGAGCUCUGUGAAUCCCUUGUUAGCUUCUGUCAAGAACAAGCUUUGAACACAGAGUCCGAAGAGGAAGACAAGGUUUGGAUGCAGAGAGUAGAUGAGUGGUCCAAGAAGCAGAGGAAUGUUGAGGAGGAGUUGGACGAUGUCAAUGAUGAGAUGGGGGAUGAGCCUCCGCUUCCUGACAGGGAGUUGAAGAAUGGGGAAUGGACUGAUAUAGACUACUAG